AUAGAUAAAAACUGUUUGCGGAUAUAAAAGCUAGUAUAAGAGUGACGUUCUAAUCAAUUUCACUUUUAAAUUUCGAGUCGUUUUAAAUUGCCAUGCCUCGUGUUACGACAAUCCUUAUCGUUCUGGCUCUUUGCGUCGCAACUGUCGUCUGCACGCCCACUUGCGGACCAAAUGCGAUUUUUUCUAACUGUGCGAGCGCCUGCCCCAUAACUUGCAAAAAUUAUCUUAAUCCACCAAAAUAUUGUAUUCAAGUCUGUGUAAAACGGUGUAAAUGUUUAAACGAACGUAUAUUAAACAAUAAAGGAGAAUGUGUCUUACCCAAUGAAUGCUACUAAUUAUUCAUGAUGGCGAGAAAUGUUCACGUAAAGUUCCGUAAAAAUGUCUAAUUUAACCAAAUCGAAAGACCCGAAUACACGCUUCUAUAAUAAAAUAUGAUAAUAUUAUAUUUUAUGAAUCGUAUCUUUCUUUUACCUGACGUUAACUCGAAUGUUUGUUACAAUGUUUAUCGACUACUCUAAUUUGUUUAUACACAUAAUCAAUAAUUGUUAUUGCACAUUAUAACAAUGCAUUAUUUCCUAUGACCUUUAAUUCACACUUCUCUUAUACAAUUUACUAUCUUAUAUUAUAAUGUAUUUACUAAAGUAGAUAUAAUAGAUAUUUUAAUUUUCUAGUCUCUUAAUCUUUUUAUAUAGCGCAAAAUAUAAAGGAAUAUGAACUUGAGCCUACUAUUCGUAACAUUAACCGUACUAAGCCUAGUCAAAUGAUCGGUUCAAAAUUUAAUUAUGAAUUUAUACAUUUAUAUUAUUUUUUUCCAUUGAUCAUUAACUAUCUGUAAAUUCUUAGAUUCUCUAAUUAAUCAAUUUCUCACCUUUGCAUUUUCUUUCUUUCGUUUCUAUUGAAGAAAUGUAUUGCCUAGCUUAUUUACCGUGACCAAUCAUUUGAUCGGUGUACAAAUUUUAUAUCAUUUUCAAAAUUUUUCUACCUGACACCUUAUUUCUGGACUUAAAUAUCAUAAUUAUAGAUAAUUGCAUACAUCUUAACACAAUUUGCUUCUAAUUUCACAUGUACGGAACAGAUUUAUUGAGAAUAGUCAAAAUAGUUACAAGUCCGAUAUGAAUCUGACUAUUCAUAAAGGAAAAUAUAGAAAGAA